CUAAAAAAAUGGAAGAAAAAAAGCCUUUAUUUAUGUUUGGUUUCAAGAGGUUACAAGGGAAGAACCGAGAGGGAAUAUGGAAGAGAUUGGGAUUGGGGAACCAUGGGCUUCGAUGGAAGACCAAGUUCAAUGUGCAUCGAUGGUUUGUUGAUCGGUUUCUCUUCAAGAUUCUUUCGGGUGUAGAAGCAGUUGUUUUGGUAUCCACACUUUGUUUCUUCUACCUUUGUUGUGGUUGCCAUAUCUGAAUUGUUAAGCAAGCACAUGUGAUCGACUUAAUUGAUUCGACACUGAUAUACUAAUAUUGAUUGAGGAAAGGAUGAACUGUAUCCAUGACAGGUUUCACGAUGCACAAGACUAAAUGAUUAUGGUUUUUGAGGAACCAGAAGUAUUACCUUCUUAUUUAUUUAUUCUUUUUGGAAAUAUACAUUUAUAGAUCGGAAAAGGAUUCAAUUUGUUUUUUUUUUCUUGCGCCUUCUUUGAUGUUACAAUGUUGAAUAUAGUAAAGAUAUUUGAUUAUUUUCUCAGUUUAGUG